UGCCAUUCCACGUUAUAUAAUUAAAGAAAAGAAAAUCGAAGCGAUCGUAAAAGUUGUGAGAUUUCUCUACUAGGAACAUAUACAAUUGAAUACAUCGCUUGUAGUGUGUGAAUUUCAACAAAAUGACUUAUAAAAUAGGUUUCGAAAAUGUAUCUCGACCGAUGAUAGCCUUUCCCGCCAACAUGACGUCGGCCGAUACGAUUUCUGUCUGCUCAGAAGCCUCGACGCUCAUAGAUGGCAGCGUCAUUUCGACAGUACCCGAUCGGCACGGAUUCCUGGGAGGCGCUCAGUACUCUCCCGAGCCCAGAAACGGCCCUCCUGCCGAAACGGUGCUAAGACGAGAGAGAAAAUGGCUCAAGAUGUUGUCUCAGUGGAGUUUUUAUAUGGAUUCGAAUUAUAGGAAGGUGAAGGAACGCUGCAGGAAAGGAAUCCCCCAAUCGAUGAGGCCCAGAGCAUGGCUUUACUUGUGCGGGGGAAAAGUAUUAUUAGAAAAGCAACCCGAUAAAUACGAAGAAUGUUUACGGGCGGAAGCGGAUCCUAAAUGUAUAGAAGAUAUAAAGAAGGAUAUACACAGACAGUUCCCUUUGCAUGAGAUGUUUUCUUCUGAAGAUAAACCAGGUCAGCAAGAAUUGUUUAACGUUCUGAAGGCAUACACAGUCCAUUUCCCCGACAUAGGCUACUGCCAAGCGCAGGCGCCCGUGGCAGCUUUUUUGUUAAUGCAUAUGCCUUCAGUUCAAGCGUUUUGGUGUCUAGUGUCGAUAUCUAACAAAUAUCUUGAAGAUUACUAUUCGCCUUCCAUGGAUGUUGUGAAGAGGGACGGACUCAUUCUAGAAGGACUUUUGAAGAAAGUAUGUCCACCAGUGUACAGGCAUUUAAAAAAGGUCAACGCAGAACCGAUGUUUUAUUGUACCGAAUGGUUUUUAUGUGCGUUUACUAGGACGUUACCGUGGGAUACACUUUUAAGGGUCUGGGAUGUUUUUCUGUGCGAAGGAGUUAAAGUGCUAUUUAAAACCUCGUUAGUCAUACUCAUUGGGUGUUUAGGUACGCCGAAAAGUAGGAGACAAUGUCCUGGACUAUGUGAGACAUUAGCUAGGAUACGAAAUCCGCCAGAAAGUAUUUUAUCAGAAGAAAAUUUAAUUUAUAAUAUUAAUAGACUGGAUAUAACUGAAAGAGACUUCCAAGAGCAGCACCAAAAACAAACAAAGCGAUUAAGAAUUGAAGAAGCUAAUGCCAAAGCGGCUGCUGAAGACAAACUAAGGUAAUAUUUCGCAAAGUUUGGUUUCGGCAACCAAGUCGUCGUCAGUAUUUAUUGUCGUUUGGUGGAAAAUCGACAAAAACACAGAAUCGUACCUAUAUCUACUUACAGAUUUAUUUAAAAGGGAAUAUUUGUAAUUUACAAGUGAUAAUAUAUUUUUAACAAUAAAUUCUUCGCUUAGUCGUAGGAAGACUCAGAAAAAAUUGCUACAAAUGUUUGAUACUCUUUUGCAUCUAUUUUGAAAAAUUACAAAAAAAACUUUUUGAAUUGAAAAUAUAAAUUUAUUUUGUUGUUGUGAAAACUAUUGUUUACUUUAUUCUAUCAUAAUAUUUUCGCCGGUAAUGGAUCACUAAAGUCAGACGUCACAUGAGGGAUGAACCUUAGAAAUCUUCCCCGACAGAUGUAUAAUAACAGAAAAAGUCUGUAAUAUGUAUUUUAACUUGUGUACUAAAUGUAUUUGUUCAAGUGCUCGUGUUACAGCAUUUCAAGAAUUUGACACUAGUGUUAUUUUGGUUUCAGUUUUUUGAGGUUUCUGUAUAAUUUUUAACCAAUGAGUGUUCCAAAAACACCUCAAAGCAUAUGUAUAUCACAUAUAUUUCUUGAUAUUGAUUCUAGUAGUAUAUAAAAUACAAAGAACCAUAUAUAAAGUGCAGUUUAAACGAUUGGUUCUAAUACUAGGUUAAAUAAAUUCGUUGAUACGGAUCUCCUCGUUUUAAACCUCUAUUCAACACUGUAAACUGUCUUAAAAAGCUUCCUUGCAUUGUUAUCCUAUUCAUCGUGUUCCUUUUCUGGUAUUUCUCAUGGCCUCAUAUAGCAUCGUUGGAUUUAGGGAGUCACAUGCGUGUUUAAAAUCAUGAAAUUUUAACAUACUUAGUUGAUCAGUAGUUGUUCUUCCUCAUCUAAAACCUCCUUGGUAUUCUCCAAUCACUUUGUUAUAUUUUAUUAAUCUAAUUUUAAUUCUAAUAGGGCCAUAUCUCUAUAGUUUUCGCACUCCGUGUUGUCUCCUUUUUUAUAGUUAGGACAAAUAAGAGAACUAUUUCAUUGUUUCGGCAUUUCUUCAUUUUGUCAACUUGUUAGUGUCAAGUGAAAUAUCCUUUUCUGCAAUCUUUCGCCACCUUCCUUAAAAAUCUCAGCUGGGAUACCACUUUCUCCUGCACUUUUGUUAUUUUUUAGAUCUUUGACUUCAUUCAGAGUUGGUUCCUUGCACGUCCUUCUUCAUCUUCUUGCCAAUUCUCAUUUCCCUAAAGUUCCUCUUGUUGGUCAGUGUUUAAUAGAUCUUCGAAAUAUUUCGCCCAUCUGUUUAAUUUUUCUGUUGUUUCACCUAAAAGUAAGCUUUCUUUGUUUCUACAAUACUGUGAAUUAUUCUUUGUAGAUUUUCUGGAUUUCUUAACUUCUUGGUAGAAAUUCUUUCAUCAUCAUCAUCAGUGGUGCUACAGCUCUAGUUGAGCCUUGACCUUCCCCAGUCUAUUUCGCCAGUCGUUUCUGUUCAUCGCCAACCGUUGCCAAUUUGCCGCGCCGAUCUUCCUUGCGUCCUCGUCCACACCGUCCCUCCAUCUCAGUCGUGGUCUGCCUCUACUCCUAUUUCCCACUGGGACCGAUAAUAGAGUUCGUCUGGGUGGGUAAUUUUCAUUUGCUCUUGACACAUGUCCAGCCCAUCUAAGCCUACCUAUUUUUAUGAAGGAUAUUACAUCUCUACCAUUUACUAUUUUUUUAUACUUCCAAAUUCUUUACCUCUUUGUUUAUGUAGACUUCUAUGUUUUUCAAUUGCUUUUCUAGCUGUUCUCUUUUCUUUUUUCUGCAAAUUCUUUUCACUUUCCUUCUUCUUGCCACAUAUUUUUCGAUCGCAUUUUGGGUAUUUUCUUUAUCUCUAUAGUUUUGCCCUGUUUCUUCGUGCCAAAACAUUCCUACAUUCCUUGUUAUUAAGGAAUAUUUUUUUUUUUUUUACAGAACUAAAUUCCAAUUUUCAAUUUUACUCAAGGUGGAUCAUAACAUAGUUUAUCCAUUUUCAACAGAAAUCAUUUAUAUAGUUAAAAGUUUCUUUCUUUAGGCUGUGAUCUACAUAAAUAUAUAGAAGCUGCAAUAUGAUCUUCAAAUAUAUUUAUAUUUCACUAAAAAAAUCAGCUUAGUUUGUGGUAUAUUCUUUGGAAAUCUAUUGGUUAGCAAUAUCAACAGAUUGCACAUUUUUUAAAAUUAAGGUAAAGUUGAUGUUUCUAAUAUUGCACAGUAAUUAAUAUUGUUCAAUCACAUUAAACAUCUAUAGGAUAGUGAAAACUUGCGCAAUAAAAUGGUAUAAGUGAAAUAGGAGUGUAAUAUUGAUUGCGCAAUAUUAUAAAUAUUGUUUCUGGUGAAGACAGUACUACCUAACCCUAAAUCUACAACUGGCUACAUAUUUUUAAGUGAAAAGAAGACCCCAGUUCAAGACCUCCAUUGUAGAAGUUCAAAAAUAAUAUUUUGAUUGUAUCAGUUUAAAUUAUUGUGCCUUAUGCGCAUAAAGUUAAAGUAAUAUUGACUUUUAAGGUAUUUUAUAUUAAAAUUUAUAACAAAUUUAAGAAUAAAUUGCGAAUAAAAAUAUCCUAUAAAAACUUAUUUUCAUGUUUUUGCUAAUUUAAUUAAGAAUGUAUAUUGGUUGUAUCCUUCUUGUGUGACGUCAUGGCAGUAGUAGUUCAUUUGGUUCUAGUCGAUAUUCGGGACCAACGCAGAAUUGUAGGCAAAUCCGGUAUUUUGUUAAUUCCAUUGCUCUUAAGAUAAAGAUUUCCUUCCUUCCUUUUCAUUUAAAAUUUAUUCCAGCAGUUUAGUCUGUUUUUCCGUAUAAUUCAAUGAAUACAUAUUAGGUCUGUCAGUAGAUAGAACGUGGGUGCAUCGUCACUGCACGUCAAAGAUUUGGCAAUGCGUUAAAAAGCGCGGGACAGAGUAGAAUGAAUCAACAAAAUGGAAUCAAACUCUUAAAACAGAACUAAAAGCUUUUAUCUGUUACUCUGCGGUUGUCGCUCUUCUUAUGAGUAGUCGCGCUAAGUCUGUGAGACCCAAGUUUUGUAAAUGCAUAUAAGUGCAACUAUUUUUAUACAAGAAAUUGAUCAAUUUGUAUUUUAUUUUAGUAUAUACAAAGCACGUAAUUGUUUUGAAUCUAAUUAACAUUUAAAUAUUGCUGCUAUAGAUUAUUCUUCUAAAUUUGAAUGGCGUUGCGCAAAAAUUUAAUUAUUGUACAAAUUUGCACACAAAUAUCUCUGCUUAAGGUGAUAUGACACCCCAGAGAAGUAAAAACACCUCAAGAUAUGAAACUAGUAGGAUUUGCACUUACUAGUAUCUUUUAGUAAUAAGAAUUCGAGCAAAAUGGUCUUUCAAACUUGACGCGACGUCUGAAAAUUAAGAAGCGUUGAAAUAAUUAAGGUCGUGAUGAUCUUCUGACGUAUGACGUCAUUGGGUAUUGCUUGUGAGGACAGAAUGUUUUCAUAGCUAUUUAAAUACCUUUACAAAUGUAUUGGAACUAUCUGUAUGGGGUCAGAAAUCUCUAUGGAUUUAUAAGAAAAUAAUUUGUAGGUCUGUUUUAAAAACGGUUUUAACUUUUUUUUAAUAAUUCGUCAAGUCGUUUUUUAAAUUGCUUAAGAUAUUAUAUAUUAAAAGAAUCUGGUUUAAAUGUGUGAGUCUAUCGUCUUAAGAGCAAUGGUUUACACGAAGUUUGUUAAGAAAUAUAGCUUUUUAUGGAAAUUGAACAAAAACUACUAUACAGAAAAUAGCACAGUAUCUUAUGAAUUUAUUUGUUGUUUUUCAGUUUUCGUCAUAGUUCAUUACAAAUUAUAACAUAAGGAAUUGAAAGUCUAAAUCUGAGGUCUACUGUAACGAAAACAACAUUGUGUCACACUACAGAAACAUCACUAAAAUUCAGGAAACUUCUGCUCAAAGAUGUAAGCAAAUAAAUACUGGACUAAAAUUGUAUUUUUCUAAUUGUAUAAGCUGUUCUGGCGUGCCAAAUGAUUUUGAGCAAUUUUUCUUCUCCUUUCCCUUUACACUGGACCAGAACCUUACAAGAGCUCUCCAAAACGUAUAUAUUUCAAAUACUUUGAUAUUCUUAUCUCAUAAAUUCACGAACAGUAAAUAAUACCAAUCGCACAAAAUGAAUGUUCGUAACCAAAAGUCCUUAUUCAUUCGUCAAACAAUUAAAAAACCAAUAUUUCCAACUUCUUUUGGGACAAAUACAUACAAAUAAGAAAUGUUUUAAAAGGUUUUUAAAAUACCCCGCCCAUUGUGACGUUAGAGCUUGGGUAGUCCAUUGCAGCUUUUUGAAGGCUACCCACAAUUUCGGCUUUAUUACUUCCAGAAGAUGGCGCAACUACAAACCUUUUUUGACAGUUGACAUACUGCUAUAUCAAACGCUUCCUUUCACCGCCAUCUUGUGGGCGUGACGUCAGCGGUCUGUGCUAAGGAAUACUAAUUAAUGAAUUAUUUACACUAAUAACAUCUGAGUAAGCAAUGAAAGAUGAAAUGCCUGCGACGAAUGAAACAUCUACCUUUAGGUUAUACCUUUAGGACCUCUAAAUAAUAUAAUAGAACAAAAAAAAGAUACUGCCCUUCAAAUAUUUAGAAGUGUAUUGCAACAAUUGGUAUUUUUAACCUUUUAUUGCAUUAUAUCUAAUAUACGGUUCUAAAAUCCACACACGAUUUAAUAUUCUUACAAAAUGGGAGCUACAAUUUUUCCUUAUGCUAUAGAUUGUUGUGAACUUUAUUUGCGCACAUGGUUUUGAUCUAAUUUUGCUUCAAUUUUACCUAAUCUUUAUUAACAAACUUCCUAUAGCAUUUACUGUAUGAAUACAUUAUCAAUGACUCUAGCGUUUCUCUAUGACCUUAAGAAAGUCAAGCAUACGCAGCGAAAACGCAUGAGCGGUGUUUAUUGUAUUGUGGUCUGCAACAAAUCUAACGUUUUUUCAACAAGAUUUCAGAAUCAAUUAGCUACUGUUAAAUAGCGGAGGUCUUUUAGAGGAAACACUAGUGUUUGUUGAGUACUAUUUUGUCAACUUACGUGCAAUUUUUCUUAUAUAUUUAUAUUUUUUACGAAUGAAGCACCUGAGAAGAAAUCGUAACGUACACAUUAGUAGGUACAUAUAUUUUAUAUACCAAAUGCUUACCUAGUAGGUAGCUUUUGUUUUUUUUACGGGAUCACUGCAAUGUUUUGUAACAUUUUUCACCUUUUUUGUGGAACAAAAAAUAUGUUUAGCUGAUUCUUGAACAAACCUAGACCAAUAGGAUCAAAACGUCGUGCUAAAUGGGCUUCGUUGUUUAGAGAAUACCAAAAAUUUGUUUAAAUUAUUAUUUUGUUACGGAAAAUUGAGUUUAUGGAUUUGAGGAAUCCAAAAUUUGAGGAUUUGUGUAUGUAUAUUGAUGUUUAAAAUCGGAGCAUGUUAGUUUUGAUCCUAGAUCAGGGAAUAUAUCAAUUAGCUAUCUGUUUUGUACAUAAACGUGCUCUAAGUGUAAAAUUAUUCAUUAAACUGCAGUUUAAAUAAGUAUUCCUGAUAUUCUUCACUCGGCUGUGAUUUUAAUCGAGUGGAAAAUCCUUCGGGAAAAUCUUUAACACCAAAGUGGAAAUAUCUACGGUAUUCACCGUUUUUUGUGUACACGACCAGUAAAAUACACAUAUCUUUAGCCUAAAUCAUCUUUUUUCAAAUACUCUUUAACUUUGAAGGAAAUCUUAUUUGUUCAAGAAUCAAAUACUUUUUGGUUCCCACUAUUCGCCGACAUUUGUAUAUCUCACACCGAAAGUUGUUGAAAUAAUUACCCACUUUAUGGUUUGUUUGCAAUUUUUCGCUAAAUACAAGUCUUUCAAUUGUAAGUCAAAAUUGGUAAUCUUUGACAUAGAAUUACUGAACGUAUAUGAAGAUGAGAAUGAUGUUUCCUACUUCUGAAAAGAAAAGAUGUUUCUGUUUUCUUUGAAACAGGGUCGAAAUACGAAUAAACAAACAAUUAUUGCAAAAUAUAAAUGUAUAUACACAAGUUGAAUCUAUUUUCAUAAAGAAAAAUUAAGAGUUAUACACUUUGAGCCAUAUGAGUGACAUGUGACAUAUGUCACUGGAAAAAGGUCAUUAAUACCAACUGUGCUGACAGAUGCACCUAGUAUGCAAACAAAAAUUACAACAAAAAGAAGAUACAUCACAAAUAACAAUUUGAGUAUUGCAUAAAUACUGUACUGUAAUAAUGGUCAAGAGAUUCGGUUAAACUAUUUUUAAAUUAUGAACAAAUAUAACCAACUAAAGCUAUUCCUGGUCCAAGCAAAAAUGAAAAAAGGUUUGGUACAUUCGAAGUGGUCAGAAUAUGAAAAAGAUGGGAAGGACAUAAUAUUUUGAUCGGACUAAUGUAGUAUAUGUGUAUCACCUUCUAAGUAAUUUGGAACUUUGAACAACUGUUUAAAACGUUAUUGGAAGAAUACAGUGGCUGAUUUUUCAAUACGAUCAAGGUGAUAUCGUACCUCUUGUGUUCAGUUACAUGGAGUUUUAUGAUGCAUUCUGUUUUUCCAAUAUACUAAACCAGUAGUUGAAAGAAUGUGGUAAAUACCUGGUGUGAUCAACGGGUCGUUUGGAUCUUUAGGUAAUCUUGGGUUUUACUAGAGGAAACGUUGAUCAGAAAUAAGCAUAUGCUCAUAAUAUAGUGUAGCACAUUAGAAAAGAGAAGGGGGCGAGUGUGCCGUAUUAAGGCAUUCUUCGUUUCGAAGUGAGCACCUGUGUUAGAUAAUGUAAUAUAUUAUAUAAGUCUUUAUGGGCCAUAUUUAAAUAUUGCCUGUGUUUCAAAUUUACGUCAACAGAAUCAUACCAAUUUUGACUUAACAAAACUUACAGAUUCCAUUUUUUAGUUGCAUUUUUCCAAUUGGUUGAUAUUAUUUUAUGAUUCUCACCUAUGUCAAAAGCCUUUCUCUGUUAUUGUAGUUGACUUUUGACACCGUGGUAUAAUUAUGGCAUCUUGUUUCUUAGUUUAGCUAGUAUAUUUUUAUUCAUUUAUUUUGCACCCCAAUUGCUGUUGUAUAUUUUUAUUUCGCACCGCGUUCUUUAAGUUGUAUAUUUGUUUGGUUAACAAUUUUCAGGUGUGUGAUUUUCUUAUUUGUAUAGUCAGAAAUUAACUCUAGUUAUUAUUUGUAAAGACAUAAAAUUUAAUAUAUAUUUGAAAGAUAAA